CAAUUUUUUUUAACAAUUGAAUUGAAAGGAUCCAUCACCACAUACAGACGCAUACACAGGUCACUGAAAAACCCAAAACCCUAAGCAGGCGCCAUGGAUUUUGCAGCAGAACGACUUCGAUCACCUUUUGUUAUACGAGCACGCCCGUAAAACCGCCGAAGCCGGAUACGCCAAGAACCCUCUCGAUGCCGACGUCGAACUUGACAAGAUGGGGCGGGGCUUUGUUAGAGUUGUCACAAUUUCAGACUCUUCCCGAAGCUAAGAAAAUGAUCGAAGAUGCUAUUUCGAAGUUGGAGGAGGCUCUUGUGGUUAAUCCAAAGAAGCAUGAUACUCUCUGGUGCCUUGGAAAUGCUCACACCUCUCAAGCAUUCUUAAUUCCUGACCGUGAUGAAGCGAAAGUUUAUUUCGAUAAGGCAGCUGAGUACUUCCAGCAAGCUGUUGAUGAGGAUCCUAGCAAUGGACUAUACCACAAAUCAUUGGAAGUGGCUGCCAAGGUAAAGGAUUGGGUCUGUUCAUCUGGUUCACAAAGUAAUUGAGUUACUGUUUGAGGUGUUCCUUGUUGGAUUUCUCCCAGCUUUCCGUGCUUUUGGAGGUUUAUUACUUUCUUUAUUUGUAUGCUAUCUUUCUUGGUGAUGUGUUUUUAUCUUUUUCGUUAAUAACAUGCUCAUGUAAAAUUCUCUGGUUGGCUGAUUA